AAACACACAGCCUUACAAUUACAGAACCACGCCUUCAAGCCUACUGGCAGGGCUCAGGCUGAACCCCGUGGCUACCCAUCAACCCGCCAUAUCCCUUCUCCGCCACCGUGCUGGUCAGGGCUCUCGUUUUCUUGUUCAGUUACCACGGUGAAGCUGCUUUGGAUUUUCGCUCUGCCAUCUUGCUGAGCUCGGUAUCAUUUUGCUCACAGGUAUGUGAUAUUCAAGAAUAUUCAGGCUAAGCAAUGCUAAAAUUUGAAAUUGUUUUCAGUGAAGCUGGUUUGGAUUUUCACUCUGCCAUCUUGCUGAGCUCAGUAUCAUUUUGCUCACAGGCUUUAAAACUUGAUGCACAACGAGUCAUUGAUACAAGAAAACAUGCUAGUUACAUUGCGGUCUCGUUUUUUCACCCUGCAAGUCACGUCACUUCUUCAAGCACCCCAAUCUAUCUCUCCAAAAAACCCCCUCCUUUCUCUAUCUCACAAACUCCAAAUGUUUGAAACGCCAAAGUUUAACUUGCAUUAUUGUAACCAUGCAUCCUUUGCAACAAAAGGCUCUAAACCUGGUCCAGUUUCUGAAACCAAAAAAUUCAUAGAAAAAGUAUUAUUUGUGCCCCCUGGAGUUGGCCCAGAAGAGGUUACAGAUGACUUGAUCUUACCUGGUUCAAAUAUUGUGCUUGGACCUUAUGCUGGUGAUGCUAAAAUUAAAGAGGUUGAGUUUGUGAAAAGUAGUAAUCGGCCCAAGGACUGUCCGAAGGAUGACCGACCUGAAUUUGCUAUGUUGGGCAGGUCCAAUGUUGGCAAGUCAUCGCUCAUUAAUGCUCUGGUUCGCAAGAAGGAGGUUGCUCUCACAUCCAAGAAGCCAGGGAAGACUCAGCUCAUUAAUCAUUUCUUGGUGAACAGAAGUUGGUAUAUUGUGGAUUUGCCUGGUUAUGGUUUUGCUAAUGCCCCUGAAGCUGCUAGAAUGGAUUGGUCUGCAUUCACAAAAGGCUACUUCUUGAACCGGGAAACACUGGUCUCUGUUUUGCUUUUGGUUGAUGCUAGCGUACCACCUCAGAAAAUUGACCUUGAUUGUGCAAACUGGCUUGGACGCAACAAUAUACCCAUGACCUUGGUUUUCACCAAGUGUGACAAAAUCAAAGGAGGCAAAGCAAAGAGGCCUGAUGAGAAUAUUCGAGACUUCCAACAACUUAUCAGGGAAAACUACAAGCGACAUCCUCCAUGGAUAAUGACUAGUAGCAUGACUGGUUUGGGGAGGGAUGAGCUUCUUUUGCAUUUGUCGCAAUUAAGGAACUACUGGAACAAUGAAUAGCAAAUGUCGGACCCUUAUGGAAUGCACAGAAAUGUAAGAUUAUCAAUGAUGAUUCUACAUCGAAUGAGUUUGUUUCUCUGAGAAUGGACAACUCUUCAUAUGCGAUCAGCUAAAGUUGUAGAAGGCUGCCAGCUGACAGUAUGUAACAUUUUUUUCUGGACAAAUGUAGAUAAAUUUUGAGCGCCUCCUAUUGUAGCUGAAACUAUACAUGUCUAAUUUUGGUGCUAAUUUCAAAAGUCUAAAUAUCUUGGUGUUCAGUCAAGAUUUUCAGUUUAAUUUCCAUA